AUGUCACUGAGAGUCACCGCAUCUUCAUUAUCGCGGAAAGCGAUUUCUGCCUGUAGGCCGCGAGUCUACCUGGGAGUACGCUGCAGCGUGCGGCCCCUACUUCCUGUUGUUCGGCCGAGCUAUUACUCGACCACUGCACCGCGAUUGUCUCUCGCCCCGAAAGUCGAGCGUGGUGGGUCAAAGGUAUUCAAAGAUGCCGAUGCCGCGGUUGCUGAUAUCCAGAGCGGAUCAACGAUCCUGAGUUCGGGCUUCGGUUUGUGUGGGGUUGCUGAAACCCUUAUCAAUGCCAUGGGCCGUCGAGGUUCCGAUCUACAUUCCUUGACGGCUGUCUCGAAUAACGCUGGUGCCGCUGGCAAGGGCGGACUGUCAACACUAUCGCAGAAUGGACAGCUGAACCGGUUGAUCCUGUCCUACCUGGGCAAUAAUAAAGUCUUGGAGAAGAAGUACCUGUCGGGGGAGAUUGCUAUCGAGCUUUGUCCCCAAGGAACAUUGGCUGAGCGGUUGCGUGCCGGUGGCGCGGGUAUUCCGGCCUUCUUUACUCCAACUGGAGUCCACACUUUCAUUGAAGAAGGCAAAAUUCCUGUUCGCAUGGAUGCGUCGGGUAAGAUUUUGGAAUCGGGAAAGCCGCGGGAGACUCGUGAAUUUAACGGGAAGAAAUACUUGAUGGAAACGGCCUUGACGGGUGAUGUGGCUAUUCUGCGAGCGUGGAAGGUCGAUGAGGCGGGGAACUGCGUUUUCCGGUACACCACCAAGGCCUUUGGUCCGAUCAUGGCGAAGGCUGCCACCCUAACUAUUGUUGAAGCGGAAAAUAUUGUUCCCGUUGGAUCCAUUGACCCCAAUGAUGUGGACUUGCCUGGUAUCUUCGUUGAUCGAAUUGUACCAGCAACUGAUGAGAAACAUAUCGAGAACAAGAAGCUGCGGGAGACUGAUUCCGACGUGCAGAGCUCGACGAAGAGCCAGGCUCAAAUCGAGAGAGAACGAAUUGGUCGCCGAGCGGCGAAGGAGCUGAAGCAAGGAUUCUAUGUGAACUUGGGUGUUGGUAUUCCCACGCUCGCUCCAUCGUUCUUGCCGAAGGAUGUCAAGGUCUGGGUUCAGUCUGAGAAUGGAAUUCUUGGAAUGGCAAGUGAUAAAUCAGGACCGUAUCCGACCGAAGAUGAGGUUGAUCCUGAUAUUAUCAACGCCGGAAAGGAGACUGUGACCUUGAUCCCAGGUGCUUCCACUUUCGACAGCACUGAGUCAUUCGGCAUGAUCCGUGGUGGUCACGUGGAUGUCUCGAUUCUGGGAGCCUUGCAAGUCAGCGCGAAUGGCGAUUUGGCGAACUACAUGAUUCCUGGAAAGGUCUUCAAAGGUAUGGGUGGUGCGAUGGAUCUCAUUUCGAACCCAGACCAGACGAAGAUCGUGGUUGCAACAAGUCAUGUCGCGAAGGAUGGAUCGCCGAAGAUUGUGCAGAAGUGCAGUCUGCCUCUCACCGGUGCCAAUGUUGUCAGCACUAUUAUCACUGACCUGUGUGUCUUCCAAGUCGACCGAGGUACUGGAGAGCUCACAUUGACUGAACUUGCUCCUGGUGUUGAAGUGGAAGAGGUGCGCAGCAAGACGGACGCCAAGUUCACCGUUGCAGACCAGCUUGAGAUUAUGGAGUAA